AACCAUCGUCCUCUCGCGAGAUCUACUUUAUAUCUCCAUUGCCUCACACAAAAAUUGUAAACUGGUUCGCGUCUACUUUCGAAACCUCGAUUCAUUUGGAGAUAAACACAUAUUACUACAUUCUUAUUUUGUUAUGUUAUUGAUUGGUGAAGUUAUGUUGCGUGAAUUUAUGUAAAAUUAUGCGGGUAGUGGAUUCUAUUUGUCAAGACACUUAGCAGCUAGCUAGUGCUAGCAUUUCAAACUGUCGGUUUUAAACACCAACCAAUUUGCGUAGGAACGGGAUUUAUUUGCACUUUUUAGUACAGUUUUGCCCCUGUAGUUCAUUUUUGCCCAAACAUUUUGAGAUCAUUGGUUUUAGAAGAUGCUGGCGACGGGAGCGGCUGUAACUAACGUCACAGCCCUGGCCCAGGUAGAUCGUGAGAAGAUUUACCAGUGGAUCAAUGAGUUGUCCAGCCCAGAGACCAGAGAAAAUGCUUUGCUGGAGCUCAGCAAGAAGCGUGAAUCUGUGCCAGACCUGGCACCGAUGCUCUGGCACUCCUGUGGUACUAUUGCUGCCCUGUUACAGGAAAUUGUGAACAUCUAUCCAUCCAUAAACCCUCCUACACUCACAGCCCACCAGUCGAACAGAGUAUGUAAUGCCCUGGCACUUCUGCAGUGUGUCGCCUCGCAUCCAGAGACACGGUCAGCUUUUCUCGCAGCUCACAUUCCUCUGUUCCUUUAUCCUUUUCUGCACACUGUGAGCAAAACGCGCCCGUUUGAGUAUCUGCGACUUACCAGCCUCGGAGUCAUAGGUGCGUUGGUCAAAACAGAUGAACAAGAAGUCAUUAACUUCCUUCUCACCACUGAAAUCAUCCCACUCUGUCUCCGCAUUAUGGAAUCGGGCAGCGAGCUCUCCAAGACGGUUGCUACUUUCAUACUGCAGAAGAUACUGUUGGAUGACACUGGGCUGGCUUAUAUAUGUCAGACUUAUGAACGUUUCUCCCAUGUGGCCAUGAUUCUUGGGAAAAUGGUGCUGCAGCUCUCCAAAGAACCGUCGGCACGACUGCUGAAACAUGUUGUUCGCUGCUAUCUUCGCCUGUCGGAUAACCUCAGAGCCAGAGAGGCCCUGCGUCAGUGUUUACCAGACCAGCUGAAGGACAGCACCUUCGCCCAAGUGCUGAAGGAUGACACCACCACCAAACGUUGGCUCGCACAGCUGGUGAAGAACCUGCAAGAAGGCCAAGUCACUGAUGCCAGAGGCAUCCCACUCGCUCCUCAGUGAUGGGCUGGAGGGGAUUCACAGCUAGCACAAAUGGACUUACUGUUUAGAAUUUAAACUUGGUCAAAUUCUUGGUGCUAACAGGCUUUUACUGUUGAAUAAAUUGAUCUGCUCUCCUGCAAAUUUGACCGCUGCUGUACGUUUUCAUUAGAGCCCAGAUACAGUUUAUAUUUUCAAAACUGGCACUCGUGUGGAUAUUUGACAGUAAUUGAAGUUCAUUUGUUAGACAUUGGCUUUGAUUUUCUUUGUUAAUAAAGAAAUGUUGAGGACAGGUAUUUCUUAUUUAAUAACUUAACCACCACAUGAAUUACCAGAUAUUUUUAAAGAUUGCAUUUCAACAAAGGCAAACCACACAGAAAGAAAAAGUAUUAAAAUACCUGAAACUACAACAAAAUGGGCAUCGUUGAAUUAUGAAUCCUCCUCCAUAAACUAUUUUUACUGUACUUACUUACUUUUUCUGGUCAAUUUCUUAAUAAAAAGCUUAAAAACUGAAGCUCAUGUUUUAAUGCCGUAACAUUCCAGCUCCAAUAUAAGCUGUUCAUUUAUGCAUCAAACAAGACUUUUUUUUAUCUUUGCCUUCAUGUCUGCUUGUAUAUU